AUGGCAGAUAAACAACCCCAACUAAAUGGUACGUAUUACGGCCCCACGAUUCCUCCGGCGGAGGCGCCACGUCCCCGCCGCCACAGAAAUUGCUGUUGCUGUCUCUUCAGCAUCUGCUGGAAGAUUCUCCUCGCACUCAUAAUCUUCCUCGUCAUCGUAUUCAUCAUCUUCUACGCCGUGCUCCAGCCACAGGCCUUUAAGCUGUACGUCUCCGUGAUAAAUCACUCCGACGCCACGCUCACGCAAUUCAACUACACCUCUAGCGACAACACGCUCCGUUAUAACCUCGUCCUCAACUUCACGGCAGGGAAUCCCAACAAGAAGCUGGACUUCUACUACGAGAGCGUGGAGAGCCAUAUAUCAUACAACGGCGUCACGUUCGCAUCGACAGAUUUGUUGACGUUGCGUGACUCGUUCCGGCAACGCAGGCAGAGCACGAACCUCCUGAACAGCGUUUACAGGGGGAAUUACGAGACAGUGUUGGAUCAGGAUCAGGUGAAGACCUUGGAAGAAGAUGAGAAAAAGAGGGUUUUUCAUUUCUUUGUGAGACUCCACUUUGCCGCUUACUCUAUUAGAGAAUGCGAGCAAUGGUGGAGAACGUAUGCGAUUAGAGACCACGGCGACGGAGGCGUGGCGAACGUGGCGGUGGAGACACGACGAGGGAGGCGCGAGCGAUGGUGGAGACUGAGCAGUGGUGGUGGAGAGCAAAGUGCACACGAAGAAGAAAACAGUUAA